AUGAACCUGUCGAGGAAUUCAACUCUGGUCAACACGACCAGCGACGAUCAGGAAUCGGUGGCAAUUGCACUGUCGAGUAAUGUGACAUAUGUGGUUGUUGGCGUUGUGUCGAUCGUAGUUCUGUUGCUGGCGCUCAUCCCUCUGACGGUGGACAGGAAAUUUAUGAAGAAGACCAUCCUCUCACAAGGCAAGUCUCAUAUGUUGAUAUUCUCUUUCUAA